AUGGUUGGUGUCAUCGGUUGCGGCGGAGAGACAGUGAACUGGGGGUGGCCAUCAGAGUUGUUCGUCAUCGACGGUAAGACCUACGCGAUCCACCACGACCCGACUGCGGACCCCAAAGCGAUGUUCUUCAAUGUUCAAUUUUUCGCCUCUCCUACGCUCACUCCCGGCGUACAUACGCUCGUGGUCACAAACCCAAACGGGACUGCGCCAAAUAGGCUUUGGCCGGAUCAUUUCUGGUACAUUCCGUCAGAUGUUGCCAGCAGUACAGUUACGCAAUCUACCAGCUCGGGUACAACUCUCUCGUCAACCAAGUCAACGUCGCUAAGCUCUUCGCUAGCUUCCGCUUCUUCCACCCAUACCUCUGCCACCCUGGCAACUCUUGCCACUGCUUCGCAAUCGACAUCCUCUGUUGCGUCCUCUAUCGUUCCUACCACAUCCCUUCUCCCUACUGCCCAAUCUCCUGCCUCCACUAUCACGUCCUCCAUGCUCGUUACCUCCGAUGCCCUCACCUCCGAUACCUCAUCUUUCGUUUCCACGCCCUCGCUCCUUGCCUCCGUUUCCGCUUCUACAUCUGUCUCUGUAGCUCCGGAAAGUGCAUUGUCCGGGAGCGCAGCCUCUGGCCGUCCACCGAACCUUGUUGCGAUCAUAGGAGGGGCGGUGGGCGGGGCGGUGGCAGUCUUGCUACUGGCGAUGCUGGCUAUCUACUACCUGAUCAAACGUAAAUUGACUCGGGCACAGUGUGUGCCUCAAGUGGACGGUUACGAGGGUAGCUCCACGAGCUCGCUAUCGACAGGACACAGGCCCCGUCUCCCGACGUGGGAAGCGCCGAAUCGUGCACUCUCCGCCGUGUCUCUCCUGGCUAGGGAACAAGACGCCUCCGCUCUACAGUCUGCCAUGGCACCCGCACCUCCGUCGGCUCCGUUGCAGCGGCAGUCCAGACCGCCGCCCCUACCCCUUCUCGCGGGGGAAAGUACACUGCAGAGGUCUGGGGUGUCGUCGCUAGCAUCCAACGCGCAGUCCGUUCUGGUCUCCGCAUCGGACCAUCAGCACACGGCGACGUCCAAUCAGACGCUUCUAUCGCACGAGGCGGGCGAGUUCGAGCACUUAGGCCCUCCUCCGUACGCUCGGUGA